AUGGUAGAAAAUCCAAAGGAUUAUGAAAAUUCAAGAAAAAUCGUUGAUUGGAAUUUAGAUAGAGAGCUUAAACUACGUGAAGAACAUUUCAAAAAUUUGUUAUGGGAAGGAUAUGAGAAACAUUCAAAAGUUGUAUGGCCAAUUAUUUUGCCCGGAUUUCCUACACAAAAUGCUGGAUUUAACAUUAAUCGCAGUACGGGUCUAAUUAUAAAGGAGGAAAUAGAAAAUGGCAAGAAUUUUUUAUUUGUGCUUCAACCCCGGAUAUCCUAAUAGGAUAAUAAGAGAAGACAAAGAUCAGUCGGUGGAGAGAUCAGUUGAGAGAGAGAAUAUUUGAAGAAGUAUAAUACAUAUUAGGCAAUCAGUGUAAAAAUACGGGAUUAAGCAUUUAAGAGUCGAUCGAAGGUGGGAGAGUGGGCCUGAGAGACGGGAUUAUUCCUGAAAGACGGAGGGUGAGAUACGAGAUUAAGCAUUUGAGACUCGAUCGAAGCUGGGAGAGAGGGUCAGAGAGACGGGAUUGGGACUGAGGGACGAGGGAAUGAGAGACGGGAUUGGGCCUGAGAGACGGGGUUGGGCCUGAGAGACGGGGUUGGACCUGAGAGACGGAGGGAAUGAGAGAAGGGGUUGAGCAUUUACGGGUCGAUCGAAAGAGGGCCUGAGAGACGGAGGAAAUAAGAGACGGGAUUAAGAGAAUGAGAGC